UAAAGGGGGUGUGUAUUUUUUGCCCGCAUGUGGGGGGGGAAAGAAAGGUUAGGCUAGCAAGCAGGACGUGGAGCAACAGUUUUCUGACCGUCGCCGUUUAAUGUUGUUUUCGUUGUAGCAUAAAUGGAAAGUAAACGGAGCUCCCACCGGAGGCAUUUGUUUUGUAUUUUUUUGGUUUGUACUGAGAAUAAAUGUUUUGCCCUUUUUUCCUUCGCCUCGUUUUUGCUACUGGAACGCGUCCAAGCGUUUUAACAAGAGCACGAGUCAGAAACUUUACGUCCUGCAGAAGCGGCAAAGAAGGACCGAAGGUUGCCGCUACAUUAGUCAGAAAACUGCUCCGAAAGUGAGAGGAUUACGCACACGUCACCGGCGCACGGAGUUAAUCGGCCCGCGGUGCGGCAAGGGAAAAACGGGAAAAAGCGCUUUACCAGUGAGGACGUUAAAGAGGAUGCUGCUUCAGUCUUCCCGUGUUUCCCGGAUCCUUUCGGCAGUAAGAGAGCCCCGCAUCUGAAAAGUAAGAUGCUGUGCCUGCUUUAAGGUUUGUGAAAAUUCCUGUAAGGUUAAGAGGUACAUGGCUGGUGUAAAGGAUUAAUUGCAUUGAAAGGUUUGUGGCAGCGCAAUUAAUAUGGAGCAGCCGGAAAAGAGAGUUUCAAAGCCAACCUUUAAAGCACAAGAGGAAAAGCUUCAGCAGCUUAAAGUGACAAGGAAAACCAAGUUGGGUUAUCUUACUAGAAAGAUAAAAGAGAUUGAGGACCUUAUGGAAGAUGAUGGCAAUUUUGAGGAAGUGUCUGUUAAAUUAGCCACUGACUUCUCAAAAAUGUAUAUUGAGUUUUGUGAAAACAACGAUGCAGUUAAAAAUCACUUGACUGAGUCAGAACUUCUUCAUGAUCAGACACAGUGGUAUGAGCCAAAGGCUAGCUAUUUGAGAAGUUUUGUGGAGAAAGUCGAGAGAUGGUUAAAAAGAGUGGAAAUGCAAGUAGAUGAAGCAAGAAUGAUUGAUGCUGAAGUUGAGCCUGCAGACAGUGCUUCAGCGAUAUCGUCCAGACACAGUAAAGCACAUCGAAGCAGCCGAACCUCUUCUACUGUGUCUUCGACCACAUAUUCGGCCAGGCUAAAGAUUGAGGCAGAAAGGGCUGCUCUGGUAGCGCGUGCAGAAGCCUUAAAGCAAAAGAUGGAGAUUGACAGACAAGAAGCUGUUCUUAAGGCGAAAAGGGAGGAAUGGGAGUUGCAAACAGCUAUUGCUGCAGCUAGUGCAAAGCUUGAGGUGCUGACUGUGAAGGAGCCAGCCCAUAACACUUCUGCUGACUUGGUUAACGAAAUGGCUGCCUGCCAAAGAGCUCCGGGUCAAAAUAUUGGGGCCAGUUUUGGUUUCGUUCAGCCAGAACAUGGAGAUGUUUAUCGAAAAUGUGAGUCAGAAGUAAUGCAGGGCUCAGAAAGGAGUAGCAGGCUUCCUCAUCUAUUGAGUAAGAAGGAUAAUAGCCAGUCUAUUACUAGUCAAAGCAGAAUGGCUGAUGUUAAAGACUUGUUGAAUGUCAUGAAGCGACAAAACGAGAUUACAGAGCUCCUAGUAAAGCAACAGAAGGCAUCCACUCUCCCUCCUUUGGAUGUUCCAGUAUUCAGUGGGGAUCCACUGGAGUUUGGGUUUUUUAUGAAAGCAUUCGAGCAUGGGAUUGAGGAAAGGACAGACAGCAAUAGGGAUAGGUUGCGCUUCCUGGAGCAGUUCACCCAAGGGAGACCCAAGGUUCUGGUUCGUAGCUGUUCGCACAUGCAUCCUGACAGGGGCUACGCUGAAGCCAAGAGGCUUCUGCGCAAGCAUUUUGGGGAUGAAUAUACUAUUGCCUCAGCCUACAUUGAAAGAGCUCUAAAAUGGCCUGUAAUCAAGCCAGAGGAUGGUGAUGCACUGACGGAGUUUGCUAUGUUCCUCACUACUUGCUGUAACACAGUAGACAGCAUGGAGUACAUUGAGGAGAUGGAUAGCCCUACUAGUAUGAGAACUGUCAUCUCCAAGCUUCCUUUUAAAUUAAGGGAAAGGUGGAGGGGUUUCGCCUGUGACAUUCAAGAACGCACAGCAAUGAGAGCUAGAUUCGCUGAUCUGGUCAGUUUUGUAGAGAAGCAUGCAAAGAUCGCUUCUCACCCAUUGUUUGGUAACAUUCAGGACACCACUUUGUCAAGAGACAAGGGCAAACCAAAUGUACGCAGAGAGAAUGCUCUGAAAUUCAAGGAGAGGGAAAGCAUCUUUGCUACUAAUACGGCACCUGUGUCAAACAGUGCUGAGCAGACAAAGAGGGAAAGGGAAAAUGUAGGCUCUACAGGUGGAAGACAGUGUCUUUUCUGUCAUAAGGGAGGGCAUAAGCUCAAUACCUGCAGACUCCUCAAGCAAAAGCCCCACAGAGAAAAGCUUGAUUUCCUCAAAUCAAAGAGUUUGUGUUUUGGUUGCCUAUCACAGGGGCAUUUGAGUAAGGGUUGCCAGCGAAGACACACGUGUGAGACUUGUUCUCAGAAACAUCCCACCAUUCUGCAUAAGGAGCAGUACUCUCCUCCUGAUAGUGACGCUAAAAGUAUCAGGGAACCAGCAGCAAGUUUUUCUCCAGCAGCAGGCAGUGAAACAUGCGGUUGUACCGGGGCUGGCGAAGCAGUCUGUGCGCUUUCAAUUGUGCCUGUGAAGGUCAGAUGUUCAAGGAGCAACGCAACAGUUGUAUCGUAUGCAUUCUUAGACCCAGGAAGCACUGGAACCUUUUGUACAGACGAGUUGAUGAAGGAUUUACACGUCUCAGGAAAAAGGUCCAACAUUCUGCUCCGCACCAUGGGAAAGGAAGCGACAAUCAGUACUCAUGUCAUUAUGGGUCUCGAGGUCAGUGGUUUGGAUGAGGACAACUUUUUGAAGAUUCCCCAGGUUUUCACACAGGCAGAGAUUCCAGUAACAAAGGAGAACAUUCCACAACAGAGCGAUGUGGACAGAUGGCCUUAUUUGAAAGAGGUUCAGCUCAAGCAGAUUGAUGGAAAAAUUGGUAUGUUAAUAGGAACGAAUGUACCAAAGGCGCUUGAGCCCUGGAAGGUUAUCAACAGUGAGGGCAACGGCCCAUAUGCUGUAAAAACUGCACUAGGCUGGACGAUUAAUGGACCUCUGCUAAGAGAAGAGGGUAUUGCUCAAGGAGCUGUUGAGUGGCCACCGGUGAUGGUGAACAGGAUAUCGGUGACAAAGCUAGAGGAGCUCUCGCAGCAGCAAAUGAAGUAUGACUUCCCUGAGCAUGAGUUGUCCGAGAAAAUGGAAAUGUCAGCCAGAGACAGACAAUUUAUGGAGUCUGUGUCACUGUCAGUGAAGCAGGUUCAUGGUCACUACACCAUUGGCCUUCCUUUAAAGAACAAGGGGGCUGUAUUUCCAAACAACCGUGUUGUGGCGGUACAAAGAGCAGAAGGCCUGAAACGGAGGCUGUUAAGAGACAGUGAGUUUCAGCAAGAGUACACAAAGUUCAUGACAGAGACACUGGAAAGGGGCUAUGCCGAAGAAGUUCCCAUGGCAGAAACUUCUAAAAGUGGUAGCAGAAUAUGGUAUCUCCCACAUCAUGGGGUCUACCACCCAACCAAGCACAAGUUGAGAGUGGUAUUUGACUGUGCAUCCACGUAUCAAGGCGUGUCACUGAACUCACAGCUGUUGCAGGGGCCAGACUUAACCAAUUCCCUUAUAGGUGUUUUGAUCAGGUUCAGGCAGGAGCCAGUUGCCUUCAUGUCAGAUAUUGAAGGCAUGUUUCAUCAAGUCAGGGUUCCCGCUGAAGAUGCUGAUCUGUUGAGAUUCUUGUGGUGGCCACAGGGAGAUCUUGGUAAAGGCCUCAAGGAAUACAGAAUGGUAGUUCACUUGUUUGGUGCAACUUCUUCACCAAGCUGUGCAUGCUACGCGCUGCAAAGGUGUGCUGAGGACAAUCAGGCGAGGUUCAAUCAUAUUGCAACGAACACUGUUCUAAGGAACUUUUAUGUGGACGAUUGCCUAAAAUCUGUUGGCACUGAAGAGCAGGCAAUCUCACUGAUUCAGGACCUCAGGGCUUUAUGCGCUGCAGGAGGUUUCAAGCUCACUAAGUGGAUUUCCAACAGCAGAGCCGUGCUUGCAUCUAUACCUGAGGAUGACAGGGCCAAAGAAGUCAAGGAGCUCGAUCUUGAAAGGGACUGCCUCCCUAUUGAAAGAGCUUUAGGGGUUCAGUGGUGCGUGGAGUCUGACACGCUGAAAUUCAGAGUUCUGGUUGUGAGCAAACCACUCACAAGGAGAGGUCUGCUUUCGAUGGUAAGCACUAUAUAUGACCCACUUGGGAUCUUAUCCCCUCUGAUCUUGCCAGUGAAGCAUAUCCUGCAAGAGCUAAGCAGAACAAAGCAUGCAUGGGAUGAUAUCAUGCCAGAAGCUCUGUCUCUGCAGUGGCAACAAUGGGUCGGCAGUUUGCACCACUUAGCUAGGUUUGAGGUAGACAGAUGUGUGAGACCAGUCAACCUUGGCAAGAUCACUUCAGCUCGACUUCACCACUUUGCCGACGCAAGUGAAAGGGGGUAUGGCAUAGCCACCUACCUGGUUUCAAAAAACAAUCUGAACCAACCACAUAGUGCUUUCAUUAUUGGUAAAGCCAGGGUUACACCUUUGAAGCCAGUUACCAUACCACGACUCGAGCUUACUGCUGCAGUGGUGGCAGCAAAGAUGGACAGGAUGGUGAGAGCCGAACUGGAGUUGGAGCUGGAGGAGUCUGUCUUUUGGACGGACAGCACGUCGGUGAUUAAGUACCUCAAGAAUGAAACAGCGAGGUUUCGUACGUUUGUUGCCAAUCGAGUUGCUGCCAUUAAGGAUAGGUCAGCUGUCUCUCAGUGGAGAUAUGUGAACACCUCGGCCAAUCCUGCAGACUUUGCUUCCAGAGGACUCAGUGUUGGUGCCUUUCUCAAGGCAAAGACAUGGAUCACGGGUCCAGAUUUCAUCACGAAGCCAGAAAUGGAGUGGCCAGAAAUGCCAGACAGUGUAUGCCAGCCAAUCUGUAAUGACCCAGAAGUCAAAGAAGCAUCAGUAUAUGCUCUUAUGGUUGAAGAAGGUGCAGACGCCACCUCUCAGCUCAUUCAUCAUUACUCAAGCUGGCAUCGGGUUAAAAGAGCCGUUGCGUGGGUCCUGAGAUUAAAAGGUGUGCUGAAGCUUCUUGCUCAAAAGAGGAAGGAUUUAGAAGCGAAUCUCUAUGAUGGAAGGUUGGAUGUAGGAAGUCAAAGGCUGGAGCAGGAGAAGCAAAUGACACACCUCAAAGCUAACCUUCCCAUCUUGCCACUUUCUGUGAGUGACAUGGCUGAGGCGGAAGUAGAGCUCGUGCGCUUCAGUCAAGGGCAGCGGUUUGGCGAAGAGAUUGCCAAGCUGCAACAAGGAAAGACAGUGUCAAAGGAUAGCCCUCUUUGUCAGUUGUCGCCAGUUGUACAAGAUGGCAUUCUGAGAGUGGGCGGCAGAUUGAGCAGAUCUAGCAUGCAAGAGGAGAUAAAACACCCUGCAAUCUUGGCUAAGGAUCAGCAUAUAGCCACUCUCAUUCUCAGAUCUGCUCACGAGGAUCUUGGUCAUGGUGGCAGGAAUCAUGUCCUAUCAAAGGUACGGCAGAAGUACUGGAUACUAAGAUCCCAUGCUGCUGUCCGGAAGAUUUUGUCCCAGUGUGUUGUCUGCAGACGGCAUCAUGGGAAAGCGGCAAGUCAGAUCAUGGCAGAUCUUCCUACUGAGAGGCUCACGCCCGAUGAGCCACCGUUCACGAGUGUCGGUGUGGACUAUUUCGGUCCCUUUGAAGUCAAAAGGGGUAGGUCCAUGAUCAAAAGGUAUGGCGUAGUUUUUACCUGCUUGACAGUGAGGGCUGUGCAUAUUGAACUGGCAAAUUCAUUGGACACGGACUCUUGUAUUCAUGCAUUGCGGAGGUUCAUUGCUAGGAGGGGACAGGUUCAGUUGAUGCGUUCUGACAAUGGAACAAACUUUGUAAGUGCAGAGAGGGAGCUGCGGGAAGCAGUGCGUGCUUUGGAUAAUGCAAAGAUUCAUGAAGCCUUGUUAGUUAAAGGCAUCACAUGGAUAUUCAACCCCCCAGCUGCCUCGCAUUUUGGAGGAGUUUGGGAACGGCAGAUACGGUCAAUACGCAAAGUGCUCAGCUCUGUUGUGGAGCAGCAGAUCCUUGAUGAGGAGGGUCUGCACACGCUGCUGUGUGAGGUAGAGGCGAUUAUCAAUAGCCGCCCUAUCUCAAGAGUCUCUACCGAUCCGAAUGACCUGGAGGCCUUGACGCCAAACCAUUUGCUUUUGAUGAAAGCCAAAACUCCACUACCUCCUGGAGUAUUCAGCAGGAGCGACAUGUACUCGAGGCGUAGAUGGCGUCAAGUCCAGUACUUGGCAGAUUUGUUUUGGAGACGGUGGAUUAAGGAGUAUCUGCCGGACUUGCAAAAGAGACAAAAGUGGGCCCUGCCACAAAGGAAUAUCAGUCAAGGUAAUAUUGUCCUUAUCGUGGAUGAUUCCGCUCCAAGAAAUUCAUGGGUAAUGGGUCGAGUGAUUCAGACGUUUGAGGAUGCCAAAGGUCGGGUUCGUCAGGCCAAGGUGAAAACCAGCAAAAACAUUCUCCUACGACCUGUGGCGAAACUUUGUGUGCUGCUAGAGUGUGAUAUGUAGCGCCCCUUCUACAUAUUACUCAAGAGACAGCGGUAAAGGCUGGUCUCCUACGGUGAGUCAUGUGCUUGAACCUCUGACUCCAUUCCCUAAUCUCCCCAAAACACACACACAUACACGCAUCCACGAAGAUAUGUUCCAGCUUAAGAAGAGUUCCUGCUGUAACAAGGCAGAGCGAAGUUUCUGUUGGAAUAAGGACAUUAAUGUGCCAUAUGGGCAGUUCAAGUACUUUGUAUAUUUGUCUGUUCGUUAUCUGGAAGUUUGAUUUGUUGUUCUGAACAAUAUAUAUACGUAUAAGAGUAAUUGUUUUGUGGCUUACAAGAACAAUUAGGGGCCAGGAUGUUGGAGCUUAGACAGUUCAGGCCAAUAUUUUACUCAAUUACAUCAGGCCAUAUUUAAGUAUUUGUUAUGAUCUUUGAGUUUCUAGUUAUAAUCUUCAUUAUUUUAUGUUAUAAUGUAAUAUGCUGUGCUCCAUAAAUUAAUCCUGCUUUGUUAAUCUUUUGUGUUGUUGUAAAGUGUUGAUAGAUGUCGUAAAGGGGGUGUGUAUUUUUUGCCCGCAUGUGGGGGGGGAAAGAAAGGUUAGGCUAGCAAGCAGGACGUGGAGCAACAGUUUUCUGACCGUCGCCGUUUAAUGUUGUUUUCGUUGUAGCAUAAAUGGAAAGUAAACGGAGCUCCCACCGGAGGCAUUUGUUUUGUAUUUUUUUGGUUUGUACUGAGAAUAAAUGUUUUGCCCUUUUUUCCUUCGCCUCGUUUUUGCUACUGGAACGCGUCCAAGCGUUUUAACAAGAGCACGAGUCAGAAACUUUACGUCCUGCAGAAGCGGCAAAGAAGGACCGAAGGUUGCCGCUACAACCGGGAUGAGCAGUUUGAUCUAGAAGACCAGCAUCCAUCUUUUAAGAACCGGGUGGAUCUGCAGGACAGACAGAUGAAGGAUGGAGACGUGUCUUUGAUUCUGAAGGAUGUGACGACUAAUGAUGAAGGAGCAUACGUGUGUUGUGUCAGCGUGGAAGAAAAACACUCAUGGAAUCUCAUCAGCGUCAUCCACCUUCAUGUUGUUCCUCCAGCUCAGACAGGAGGAGACACAGAGGAUGGAUUAUAUGAACUGACAUGUGGACUGGGAGUUGCUCUGUCACUUUGUCUUGUGAUUGCUGUUGUUGGGUUUUGCACAUACAGAUGUCGACUGUCCCAAAACACUACUCCACCUCGUCAGACUCCACAGCAGAACUAUGAGUUGGAUGAUCUGAGGACAGGCUGUA